AUGGUGGAAUUAAGCUUCCUACUGAUUGAUGGAACUUUGAAGCCAUUGGCCAUUGAACUAAGUAGGCCACACCCUCAAGGUGAUAGUUUUGGUCCUGUUAGUAAUGUUUACUUGCCCGCAAGUGAAGGCGUGGAAGCUUCAAUUUGGCUCCUUGCCAAGGCUUAUGUUGUUGUAAAUGACUCAUGCUAUCACCAACUUGUCAGCCAUUGGUUGAACACUCACGCCGUUGUUGAGCCAUUCAUCAUAGCAACAAAUAGGCAUCUUAGUGUGGUUCACCAUAUUCAUAAACUUUUACUUCCACACUACUGUGACACAAUGAACUUAAAUUCCCUCGCACGAACUAUCUUGGUCAAUGCAGGGGGUGUUAUGGAAUUAACUUUCUUGUGGGGAGAUUAUGCUGUCGAAAUGUCUGCUGUUGUUUACAAGGAUUGGAAUUUCACUGAGCAAGGACUUCCUAAUGAUCUAAUCAAAAGAGGAGUGGCAGUUCAGGAUCCAGCUUCUCCACAUGGUGUUCGACUUCUGAUAGAGGACUAUCCUUAUGCUUCUGAUGGACUAGAGAUAUGGGCUGCUAUUAAGUCAUGGGUUGAUGAAUAUGUGAAUUUCUACUACAAGUCUGAUGCAGAUGUUGUGAAAGAUUCUGAACUCCAAGCAUUUUGGAAAGAACUUGUAGAGGUGGGUCAUGGUGACUUUAGGAAUGCAACAUGGUGGUUUAAGAUGCCAAACCGUACGGAGUUGAAAGAAGCUUGCACCAUUCUCAUAUGGAUUGCUUCAGCACUUCAUGCAGCUGUUAAUUUUGGACAAUAUGCGUAUGGAGGAUAUAUCCUUAACCGACCAACAAAAAGUAGAAGAUUCAUGCCUGAGAAAGGAUCCGUUGAAUAUGAUGAGCUUGCUAAGGACUACCAGAAGACUUAUUUGAGGACAAUCACCGCAAAGAAUGAUACCCUUACUAACUUGACCAUCUUAGAGGUCUUGUCAAGGCAUGCUUCUGAUGAACAAUACCUUGGAGAGAGAAUUGAAGGUGAUCUCUGGACUUCUGAUUCACAGCCAAAACAGGCCUACAAGAAGUUUGGAAAGAAGUUGUCUGAAAUUGAGAAAAACCUCAUUCAAAGGAACAAUGAUGAGACACUGAGGAAUCGAAAUGGACCUGUGAAGAUGUCAUAUACACUGCUUUAUCCUACUAGUGAGGAAGGAUUGACUUCCAGAGGCAUUCCCAACAGUGUCUCUAUCUAA